AAUUCCGUAUCCAAAGACUUGCCAAAGUUCAGUUUCUUCUCAACAUAUCUUACCUCCGUCCCAAAAAUUUUCUGUAUAUUAGAGCUUUGAAGACCAGAUGGACAUACUCGAAGGAUUGUAUUCACUAAUGGGGAAGAGAUGCUGUUUGUUCUCUUUGUAUUUUUUGGGUCUUUCAUGGCUGAUUCAAGUGGCAGUUGCAGGGAGAGAAGGGCCUCUGUUGCAGAGUUAUGAGAAAGGGAGUUUUGGGUAUAGCGAAUCGUUUAAUAGGAUUUUUGAUACUUCUAAGUAUGGGAUUCUUCAGCUCAAAAACGGGUUGGCACGAACUCCGCAGAUGGGGUCUCUCACUCACUCUCUUGCUUCAUCGAUUUAUCUAUCGUUGUGUUUGUUUGCAUAUCAUACAAAAAUGGAAUAGCUGGAAUUUUUUUGCUUGCAAUAUCAAUGAAACUGUCAUCAAGGAAACAGCUGAUGCACUUGUUUCAACUGGCUUGGCUGAUUUAGGUUAUGUUUUUGUUAACAUAGAUGAUUGUUGGUCUUUUAUAACCCGAGAUGCAAAGGGUCAGUUGGUUCCUGAUCCAAAAACAUUUCCUUCAGGAAUCAAAGCUCUUGCAGAUUAUGUACAUGGGAAAGGCCUCAAGCUUGGUAUUUAUUCUGAUGCUGGGAUUUUUACGUGUCAAGUUCGACCAGGGUCACUUUCCCAUGAAAACGAUGACGCAGAAUUGUUUGCUUCUUGGGGUGUGGAUUAUCUAAAGUAUGACAACUGUUACAAUUUGGGCAUUGAACCGAAAAAAAGAUACCCACCAAUGCGUGAUGCUCUUAAUGCAACUGGGCGCAGAAUUUUCUAUUCACUUUGUGAAUGGGGUGUCGAUGACCCUGCCUUAUGGGCUGGGAAAGUUGGAAAUAGUUGGCGCACGACAGAUGACAUCAAUGAUUCAUGGGCAAGCAUGACUACUUUAGCUGAUCUGAAUGACAAGUGGGCAGCCUAUGCUGGACCUGGUGGAUGGAAUGAUCCAGAUAUGUUGGAAGUUGGCAAUGGAGGCAUGACUUACCAGGAGUAUCGUGCUCAUUUUAGCAUCUGGGCUUUGAUGAAGGCCCCACUUUUGAUUGGUUGUGAUGUGAGAAACAUGACAGCGGAAACCUUUGAGAUUCUAACAAAUAAGGAGGUCAUUGCCGUAAACCAAGACCCACUUGGGGUCCAGGGAAGGAAAGUUUACACUGCUGGAACUGAUGGUUGCCUACAGAUCUGGGCAGGUCCUUUGUCGGGAAAUCGCUUGGUGGUUGCUCUCUGGAAUCGUUGUUCAAAAGCUGCAACAAUUACAGCUAGAUGGAAUGUACUUGGGCUUGAAUCCGGCACCAGUGUCUCAGUGCGAGACUUGUGGCAACACAAAGAUGUUGCAGGAGAUGCUGUGGCAUCAUUUGGUGCUCGAGUUGAUGCUCAUGACUGUGCAAUGUAUAUCUUUACUCCCCAGAAGGCGCGGCGCUCUGGAUUUUAGUUUUCGAUAAUAUGCAUUGCCGUGUGAUUCUAGUUCAUAUGGGUGAUUCCACUUGCAUAUGCUUCAAUGUUUGUGCAUCUGAUUUUCUUUAAAAAUGAGAAAAAAAUAGUGUUACUGUAAACAUACUAUACUGUCAAACGCUAGCAGUCAUAUUAUGUAGAAACUUGGAGUGGAACUUAUAUAAUAUUAGUCAGAAAAUAUAAACAGUAAAUUUUAGUA